CGGAUUUCUAGAAAUGGCGCUAAACUUCAAUGUCGAAGACCUCGUGGGUGUAUGAAAAGUAUGUGAAGGAAAAAGUGAGCUUGUCAAUAUGUGUCAAUCACUUGUAGGAAGUCCUGCCCCUCUGAACUAUCUGGUUAAGAUUCUAACACAAUGAAGGCGGCACAGUUGCUGCGGCAACAAAAUGCCACCAACAUCAACCUGAAACAGAAUCUCAGAGAUCGAACUAUCAGUGAAAAUUUUUCCAAAAUUGUUCAGGGAAGAACAAGUCUUGGACAAAACUACCAUUGUGUGUUAAAUGACAAGGAAGAGAGACAAGUCAUUGCGAAGGGUUACCAAUAUGGUGCGAGGUGUUUGGUGGAUAAAAUUUCGAAUGUGCAGAAGAACAGGUCAUUCUUCACAAAGAGAUAUAGCAGCAUUUUGCACAUGAGAGGGAACCGUUGUAUUGAAGCCUUGUCACCCGAAGAAUGUACAGAUGUAAGCAUGGAUGGAUGUCGCAAACAUCCACGAGAUCCCGGGAGUCCCUACCAUGUCAAGUCUUACCAACGAUUGCAAAAAAUGAAUCUGUUGAACUCAAUAUGUGAGGAAGGUAGCAUUUUAAGUCCAAGACACUUCAAACAAUUUCUGCAGAAUUCAUCUGACUUUUGGGGUAACAGUUUUAUUUCCAGUUCUCGAAGAUCUUAUAGUGGAAUUGCUUGGUUUUCAAAACAGAACACUUGUGGGAAAUGUGGAAGAGUAAAGGGAGGUAAUUCAUCUGUGAACAAAAGAAACCUGAGUUCUCCCCCUUUAACAAACGUGACAAAUUCUGGCCAGGCGGCUUCCAAAUCACCAGCUGAUGAGAUUGGUCGGCCUUGGACAACUCUCCAAGCAAGGGAUUAUGGGAAAUCUAUUCCAGUUUUGCAAGAACCAGUGACAGUAAUGCCAGCAGAUAUUAAGAAAUACCUCACGGCUCAAAGUCUAAAGUUUGAAAACGGCCACACUUGUUUCAUAACGUCAUGUCCACGUCUGAACAAGAGAAAAACGAAGCUGGACGAAACAGAAAAAAUAUAUAUAAACAUGACGACAGGAUCAUUUGUGUGCCAUGCUUGUCGAAAGGUUGGUGCCUGGAGCCAGUUUCAAGACAAUGUUUCAUUACUGAAAGGAACUCGGAGAAAAAAAGACCAAGACUGCUUCCCUGAGAUGGAGAGUAAUUAUAACGCUCCUCGCUCAGCUGUCAUGACAGCGUUGUGGGAGAGUUCUCUCCCCUGGCAUGAUGUGUCAGAAGAUGAUCUUGACCACUUAUUACAUGUCAGCUCUCUGCAGGGCCUGUCCCCCAGUGUGUUAAAGGCGUAUGGUGUGAGGGUGGACCAGUCACGAGAAGCAUUCCUAGUUCCUGUGUACUUUGUGGACAACACAAUUCAUGCGGUGAAGAAGAUUGCAGUGAAGACAGCUGACGACGGAACACUGAAAGGGACUCGAGAGACUAUCAUUCCCAGAGGUGACGUUCACGGCCUGAUUGGCUGGAACACGAUUGCUCCAUCAACCAAUGAGGUUGUUUUGACGGCCAGCGAGUUUGAUGCCAUGGCAGUAUAUCAAGAAACUAAAGUACCGGCCAUCGCACUUCCAAAAGGCGACUCUGUGUUGCCACAGGAGAUUUUACCAUUAUUGGAGCAGUUUAAGAAAAUCGUCCUCUGGUUUAAAAAUGACAUCCGUUCUUGGGAAGCUGCUAAGCAGUUCACCAAGAAGCUGAACGAGAAACGGUGUUUUGUGAUUAGGCCCAGUUCAGAACACCCGAACGCCCUGGAAGCACUUCAGAGGGGCAGUAACCUACACCGCAUCCUGGAGCAUGCACGCCCUGUCACUCAUCAAUCUAUAACAGCCUUCUCACAACUCAGGCAGGAAGUCUAUUCUGAGCUGGCCCAUGUGGAGCAGGUCGCAGGGGUCAAGUGGAAGCGAUACCCUCACCUGAACAAGUUACUGAAGGGUCAUCGCCGAGGAGAGCUGACCAUCUUCACUGGCCCCACAGGGUCGGGCAAGACGACUUUCAUCAGUGAUUACUCUUUGGAUCUGUGUGUACAGGGGGUGAACACACUGUGGGGAAGCUUUGAGAUCAACAAUGUGCGCUUGAUGAAGAUGAUGCUUACACAGUUUGCCCAGCAAAACAUGUCCAAGAACCUAAGAGAGUUUGAUCAUUGGGCUGACCAGUUUGAGAACCUUCCCAUGUACUUCAUGACCUUUUUUGGGCAGGAGAGCAUCAAGAAGGUCAUAGAGACGAUGUCCCAUGCUGUCUAUGUACAUGACAUUGCCCACGUUGUUGUUGACAACCUCCAGUUCAUGAUGGGGGUGGAGUCGGACAGAUUGAUGAUGGACAGGUUCCAGAGGACAAGAUCAGAUCGUCGCUGCAUUCGAAAGUUCGCCACCACCAUGAACUGUCAUGUGACCGUUGUGGUGCAUCCCAGAAAGGAAAAGGAUAAUGAUGAGCUGACGACAGCAUCCAUAUACGGUAGCGCCAAGGCCACGCAGGAAGCCGACAACGUCAUGAUCCUACAGGACAAGCGGCUGAUGAGUCUGAGGGGGAAGAAAUACCUACAGAUCGCCAAAAAUCGUUUUGAUGGGGAACUGGGUGUGAUGCUGCUAAAGUUUGACAAAGACACUCUGAGCUUUGCAAUUAAGCCACAGAAAGCCGAGAAAUCCAAAUCUCAAGAGGACUAUGAUCUGCAGGCAGAGGAAGACAACAUUGCUAGCCAUGAAGAUAGAGUUUAACACUCACUAGACUUUGUGGAGGUUUUUUUAUUUUGAAUUGAAGUGAUUUUUGUCAUUUUGGAUUGAAGUGAUUUAAAUUUAGCUGUCAUUGAGGUAGAAUGUGUUCGUCUGGUCGUUACGUUUUAGCUGAAAAGAACUCGUGUCUUACGUGUGAUUGUUCCAAAAAAGAAGAAGUCUUCUUUUCAGCAGUGUAUAUGUCUUCCAUAUUCCAUAUGUUCCAGUUGUUCUACGUGUAUAUUCAUGGACUAUUAAAGCCAUACAUUUAUUCAAAAUGCAUACAAUUUUCCACACCUCAAGCUGGAUUGAUUUUAUAUACAUUUACUGCACCUAUCACUUUGCAUUUAAGUUACUUUUUUUACCAUUAGUACUGCUGCUUUAUCUGUCUGUCCGUCCAUGCAUAGACUUUUGUAGAUGAGUAGAUUUCAUCGUCUUUGCUCUCGCCGCCUCACUAAACAUGUUGGAGAAAGGAUUCUGAUGGUAUUGAUCUUUCACUCUGUCACAGAUCCCUUCUCAGUUCAUUUUAAAGAGUGAUUCUUGCAGUUGCUUCAUAUUUGUCCAUUUUGAGGUAAAAUGAUUUUAGUCGUAAUGUUAGUUGUGUAUUUAAAAAUUCAGUUUUAAAUUUUAAGACAGUGUUUUUGUUCAGUACAGUAACAAUUAUGGUGCUGUCAACCCAUUGGCCAGUAGAUCACAUGGCGUGAUCUCAGGAGACACACAGAAAAAUAGGCUGUUGGACUGGAAGCGUCCGAUCUGUGCCAACGGGGGCAAUAUCGGCCCUUCUGACCUAUAGUGGAGGUGAAUCUGCAAUCCCUUACGCUCGGGCAUUACACAAUGUUAAAUGGAUUCAGGUGCAGUGCUAUGUGUUGUUGUAUCUUGGGAGAAUGCUGGUUUACUAAUCAGUAAUGAACAUUCAUUAUCAUGUCAUCAGUUGUAUCUGCCAUCCCUUACACUCCAGCAUUACACAAUGUUUAAUGGAUACAGUUGCGAUGUUUAAUGGAUUCAGUUGCGAUGUUUAAUGGAUUCAGUUGCGAUGUUUAAUGGAUUCAUGCUGUGUGCUGAAUUGGCAGUGUUCAUGUCAUAUCAUGUCAGCAAUUCAUUAUUUCAUGAAAUGUGCCAACAACCGAGUGUUCCACACUCCUAGACAUGGUGCUCUAGAACUGUUGUCUUCUUUUUAAUUAAGUAUUAUGAAUUUCAUGUGUUUAGAUCUAAGCACAUUUGUGUCCAGUGUCUUUAUAAACGUAUGGUCAAAAUUAAGCACAUACUCCCUACAGCGCACGCGCGGCUCUUUAACAGUUGCUUACAUCAGUGCCACCACUGACAAAUUUGGUACAGAAUUGUUGAACAAUACCGAGGUCAUUGGGGUCACUGUGAUGAGACAGGAAGUCAGAAAACAGACAAAAAACCUCUGCCCCCACCUCUAUUAUCACUAAUAUCUCCUACACAUGCUUGCGUUCUGUCAAACUAAAGUAUCCACAGCAUGGUUUCAACCAACACCUAAAACAAUUUAAUUGAUGAAUGCUGAUUACAAAGCUCCGCCCAAGGACACAAGUGGUGAGACUAUGUCUAUAGAAGCCUUCGUGCGCCGCCCAGGCUCCGAGGGUCAUGUUCGUCCAGUGGUGGCAGUGAUGCGAAGCGAGCGUAGAGAGCGACACGUGCGCUCUAAGGAGUAUGAAUGAAGAAGGGCAUUUAUACAGGUAAAUAUAAUUCCUCAUGUCGAGAUUCAUGAUUUCUCCAGGAGAAUUUUGCACAAGUAUGUAAGUUUUCGCAGUUAUUGACUGACCUGCUACCUGUUAUGGGCAAUUUGUUACAUUAUAUUGGACGUAUUAAAUUUAGGGGCAUGCUGUACGCGUUCAUGCGCUAACACCACAAAUAAAUA